AUGGGGAAUUCACAUUGGUUGCUUGCUUUCUCACUGUUCUUAUCCUUUUCGUUCACAUCUUCCAUUCGUCUCACUUUGCAAGAUGGCUCCUCUCUUUCCGUUGGGAAUGCGGAUGACGUCUUGACAUCGAAUGAUGGUGCUUUCUCCGCCGGCUUUUUUCCCGUCGGACGAAAUGCUUAUUGCUUCGCGAUCUGGUUUAGCAGGCCAUCUUGCAGUAUCCCUAACUGCUCUGUAGUUUGGAUGGCAAACCGUGACGAACCCGUCAAUGGAAGAUCCUCCAAGCUUUCUCUAAGAGAGAAUGGUGACCUUCAGUUGAUCGACGCUGGGGGGACAGUUGUUUGGUUCACAAACACAGGUUCCCCCUCAAGGUCCUUCAUGAACUUGCAACUCCUCGACACGGGAAAUCUUGUUCUUCGUGACGACAAGCAUGCCACUUUGUGGCAAAGCUUUGACUCGCCAACUGACACGCUUCUUCCAGAACAAAAGCUCACCCCAAACGCACCGCUCAUUUCAUCUCGAAGCAAGAACAACUUUUCUUCUGGUUAUUACAAGCUUUACUUUGAUAACGAUAACCUUCUUCGUCUUCUCUUCAGUGGCCCUAAGAUUACAAGCGUCUAUUGGCCAGAUCCAUGGCUUAAUAGUUGGGAGGCUGGAAGAACCACUUAUAAUGACAGUAGAGUCGCAAUGCUUGAUCACUAUGGGAAUUUCAAUUCAUCUGACAGUUUGACUUUCUUAACAGCUGAUUACGGUGCAAAAAUUCAGAGGAGAUUGACGGUUGAUCACGAUGGUAAUCUUCGGGUUUACAGUCGAUCUGAUGCAGGGGGAUGGAUGGUUUCAUGGCAAGCCAAAUCUGACCCAUGCACAUAUAAAUCCUCUAACUGUUACCCCAAGGUAUUGUUGUUAAAUGGCCAUUAUUCACCCAGUGUUGAUGGGGGCAUCCACUUCAGGCUCCCAAAAUUCAAUCUCUCUUCUUCCGACAUACCGAAAAUAGAACAUGCCACUCUGCAUUGUACUGCCAAAGAAAUUAUUCUACCAAGGACUUAUCUAAAAAGACAAGAGAGUUGGGCAGUCAAGUUUUUGCUCAUUUUUGCUGGGGCAAUAGCUGGAGUGGAGGCGAUAUUGGUGCUCAUGGUUUGGUUCUUCUUAUAUAGAACCCGCCCAGAGAAAGGUGGGGCUCACACCGAAGGAUACCAUGCAGGGCUGACUGGAUUCCGACGGUUCACAUACGAUGAGCUAAAGAAGGCAACACAGAAUUUCAGUGAAGAAAUUGGAAGAGGAAGUGGAGGAAUCGUAUACAAGGCGGUGUUGUCAGAUUGCAGGGUUGCAGCAGUCAAGCUGCUUAAUGAGGCUAACCAAGGAGAGAAUGAGUUUCUCGCAGAAGUGAGCACCAUAGGAAAUCUUCACCACAUGAACUUGAUUGACAUGUGGGGGUACUGUGCAGAAGGAAAGCACCGGCUUCUGAUCUACGAAUUCAUGGAACAUGGUUCGUUAGCAGAAAAUUUGUCUUCCUCAACUGAACUCGAUUGGUCCAAGAGGUUUGAAAUUGCCGUAGGAUCAGCCAGAGGACUCGCUUAUCUUCAUGAGGAAUGCCUAGAGUGGGUUCUUCAUUGUGAUGUGAAACCACAAAACAUACUACUUGAUUCCACAUACCAACCAAAGGUGGCGGAUUUCGGACUCUCUAAGAUACUCAAGAGAGAGGGCCUCAAGAACUCGAGCUUCUCAAAAAUCCGAGGAACAAGAGGUUACAUGGCUCCCGAAUGGAUUUACAAUUUCCCAAUCACCUCCAAAGUGGAUGUGUAUAGCUAUGGAAUUGUCUUGUUGGAGAUGGUGACGGGAAGGAGUCCCACUGGAGAGUAUGACAAGAUUGAGUGUAGUGAUGUGCGGGAGACUAAAAUACUGACAUCGUGGGUGCGAGAGAAGAAGGGACUCGGAGUUCCAAUGCAGACAUGGAUAGAGGAUAUUGUGGAUCCAAGCGUAAGAGGGGGAUAUGACAUUAGGAAGAUUGAAGUUUUAGUUGCAGUUGCUCUUAAGUGCGCGGAGGAAGACAGAGAUGCAAGACCCACCAUGAGCCAGGUGGUUGAGAUGCUUCUACAUUGUAAAGACGUAGAUGCGUAG